AGCUCCAUCGGCUACUGCCCAUUCAACUCCUUCACCAAGAAGACGGCCUCUAUAAACUCGAGUUUCUCUCCAGUUAAGCCUCACUUAGAAGAGAUUGCUCAGUGAAUCAGAUGGCCACCAGCCUUGCCUGGGUGACUCUGCUUCUGCUGCUACUUUGUGCCAUGGCAACUGGAGAUGAAGGUGAUCAGGAGACGUCUGUAUCAGCUUCUUUCGUGUUUGGCGACUCCCUCGUUGAUGCCGGCAAUAACAACUAUUUCAACACCCUGUCAAAGGCCGAUAUGUCACCCAACGGCAUCGACUUUGCGGCCUCUGGCGGUGAGCCGACCGGCCGGUACACCAACGGCAGGACCAUUGCAGACAUCAUCGGAGAAUUGCUAGGACAAAAAGGCUAUUCUCCACCAUUUUUAGCUCCGAAUACAACUGGAUCUGUCAUUCUAAACGGAGUGAACUAUGCUUCUGGAGGUGGAGGCAUACUCAAUGGAACUGGAAGAAUUUUUGUGAAUAGACUGGGUUUGGACAUCCAACUUGAUUACUUCAACACCACGAGGCAGCAACUGGAUGAAUUACUGGGGAAGUCCCAGGCAAAAGAAUUCAUGAUGAAGAAAUCUAUCUUCUCAGUUACCAUAGGAUCCAAUGAUUUCCUAAACAAUUACCUUCUUCCAGUACUGUCUGCAAGAGAAAGAGCCAGGCUAAAUCCAGAUGACUUCAUCAAUGAACUCAUCACCACAUUUCGCAGCCAACUUAUAAGACUCUACACUCUUGACGCGCGAAAAAUCGUUGUGGCAAACGUAGGGCCGAUAGGAUGCAUCCCUUACCAGAAGACUCUGAAUGGCGUGAAGGAGAAUGAGUGUGUUGGGUUGCCAAACGAGCUUGCAGUACAAUACAAUGGCCAGCUGAGGGACUUGCUCGCUGAGCUAAAUGACAAUCUCCCCGGAGGCCAGUUUGUUCUUGCCAAUGUCUAUGAUUUAGUCUUGGAGGUCCUCACAAACCCUGGAAAAUAUGGCUUCAAAACAAGCAGUUAUCCUUGUUGUGGAGACGGGGGGCAAUAUCAGGGUUAUAUUCCAUGCGGUCCAACCUCAAGCAUGUGCGACGAUCGUUCAGCUUAUGUGUUUUGGGAUCCGUAUCAUCCGAGUGAGGCAGCAAAUCUUCUUUUUGCGAAAUAUAUUGUUGAUGGCGGUACUAAAUAUGUAUCUCCCAUGAAUCUUCGACAACUUGUACAACUCUGAUUAGCAUAUCAUGCUCGUAGAUGUGCAUCUUAUUGAUUUGUCUCAAUUGUCUUCUUAAUUAUGUGGUAGCAGAAAGCUCAAUAUGCUUCUGCGUCUUGAGAGAGUUAAUUAACAGAUGUUGAUGGGACAAUUGUGUGAUGUAUAAUAAAUUUGAGUUCUGAGGUGAAAUUGAGUUUGCUUUCGUU